AUGACUUCAUAUAAAGUUGCUAUAUUUGAAAUCGCUGCCUUCACCAAACUCAUAAAACACUUAGGUUUUUUAAAAAAUAAAUUCGUCAGCACUAAAGAGCAGGCUAGAGAGUUCGAACUGAAUAUGUUUGUGUAUUGUUCUUUGGAUAUAGUUGAAGAGCGGCUGGAAGGUAUUAAUAAAGCGCAGGAGCUUUUUCUUGGUUCUCUUUUCGCCGACCAGAAGUAUAAAUCAUAUGGUUAUGUGUCGAACACAAAUGUUAAAAUGCUAAUGGUAACCGAUAUUAGAAACGUUUCCCUCACUGAUCAGGAUAUACGAGCGAUGUUUAAAAAACUUCACGCGGCUUAUUGUGAUGCUGUUUCAAACCCAUUUUACGUUUAUGGUGAACCAGUCAAAUCCAAGUUUGUGUCUUUCGUAACUUUGAUGAAUUUUAUGUUAAGUGGUGUAUUUAUUUUAGAAUAA